CUCUGCAACUCAAACAACUUCUAUCUGAGCUUUUUAAUGGCGCUUUUUUGCUAAGAUCUGACGUUAAACUGUAGAUCAUUGAGGUGUAUCGUGCUUGAAUUCAAAAUUUUCCGGUGAUAUAUAGUUGUUUUUUCGCGCGGUGGUCGGAAAAUGGGGUGUUCGUUUCCGGAGGAGGUGUUGGAGCAUGUUUUCUCGUUCAUAACCUCUCAUAAAGACAGGAAUGUUGUUUCAUUGGUGUGUAAGUCGUGGUACGAGAUCGAGAGGUGGUGCCGGAGGAGGAUUUUUGUUGGAAACUGUUACGCUGUGAGUCCGAAGAUCAUGAUCAGGAGGUUUCCUGAAGUGAGAUCUGUGGAGUUGAAAGGGAAACCGCAUUUUGCGGACUUCAAUUUGGUUCCUGAGGGUUGGGGAGGUUAUUUUUACCCUUGGAUCUCUGAAAUGUCUAGGGCUUACCCGUGGUUAGAGGAGAUUAAGCUUAAGCGGAUGGUGGUUUCAGAUGAGAGCUUGGAGUUGAUCUCUAAGUCUUUUAAGAACUUUAAGGUUUUGAUUUUGUCUUCUUGUGAGGGAUUCAGCACCGAUGGACUCGCUGCCAUAGCCGCCAAUUGCAGGUGAAAUUUCUCUCAAUUUACUGAUCUAUAUGUCAAUGGAACUUUCAAUUUUGAAUAUUCUUCUGUUUAUUUUUGAAACGGAAUGGUGUACGAUUGAAUCAUAGUUACACAUUGUAAUCUGUUAUUUGAUACUACAUGAUAGCACAUUAUCGUUCUUGUUGGUUUCGUCUUC